GCCAAUCAGACACUAACAACUGUUGUCUUAGCAACCACUCGGGACACCUAAGGUCCCGUCCCCAUUCCAAGGAAAAGGGAGAAGCCCGGCUGUUUAAAUGACUUUGGAGUCGGGUGGGGAAAAGGCCGGCUCUGUUUUUCCACACACGCGACAGUGACGCAGGACCAACCGCUCGGUGGGUGGAAACGGCCGGCUUGCAGCAGGUGGGAUCCUGGGCCGGCGCCCCAUCUCCCCGCCGAUUGGCUCACAGCCCCCAGGGGCGGGGCCUUGGGCAAACACCACGCCCCGCUGCGAGGGGAGGACCUCCGGGAUUCCUAGAGAGGACUCGGAAGUGCUCUCGGGGGCGGGAUUUAUGGCUCAACCCUGUUGGACAUGCUUAUUUCCGGCGAGCAAAUGUUGCCAAGUGUCGGCUUCGGUUUUUUCUCUGUCAGUAAGAAGAAACCCAUCUUUUGAACCUUGGCUGCGGAAGAUUAGUGUUCUAGGAGAGCUCCCCGGGACUGGGGCCUGCAGAAAGGGAAUGGGCUUUGUGUCCAAAUGGGGGUCCUGUCUCUAACCUUGACCGGCCCGGUCCGUGCCUACGGGGUCCCGGGCUGUUCCGAGGAAUCCAGGUCCUUACCUGUACUUAACAACCCUGCUUCUCUUCGGGUCCCAUGAAAUGUCCUGUCGGUCUGUCAAGCUCUUGUGGUUUGAAAGACAGGACCAGGUUCGUUAUGUUUUUGCGCCGUGUUCUGACUUAGUUUGACUUAACGCAGAAGGAGCGGCUACGCCUGGACUAGUUAUAGGUUGCCACUAAUGAAAGUGUCCUUCAGAAGAUAUUAAAGAACAGAAACCAAAUUUGAUCAAAUGUUACUCGGCUAACUUGGAGAACAGCCGUCCCAGUUGGAAUGAUAAUGACAGAAUCUGGAGAAGUUAUAGACUUGGACCCUCCGGCUGACACUUCAGAAGAGCAAGAAGACCUUUUAAUAGUGAAGGUGGAAGAAGAAGACUGCACCUGGAUGCAGGAGUACAAUCCGCCAGUGUUUGAGACUUUUUACCAGCGCUUCAGGGACUUCCAGUACCGUGAGGCAGCAGGCCCUCGGGAGGCACUCAGCCAGCUCCGGGUGCUCUGCUGUGAGUGGCUGAGGCCCGAGCUGCACACCAAGGAGCAGAUCCUGGAGCUGCUGGUGCUGGAGCAGUUCCUGAGCAUCUUGCCGGAAGAGUUCCAGACCUGGGUGAGGGAACAUCACCCGGAAAGCGGAGAAGAGGCUGUGGCUGUGGUAGAAAAUAUACAGAGAGAGCUAGAAGAACGCAGACAACAGAUCAUGGUGUGUCCUGAAGUGCUUCCUCAGAAGAUGGUGCCACCUGGAACUGUGCAAGAGUCCUUCGGUCACCAGCUCCUGCCUGUGGACCCCCAGCCUGAACAAGAGCCACAGAAGCCUCAUCUUCUCGAGGAAAAUGCACUCCCUGCUCUCCAAGUUCCUUCUCUUCCCUUGAAGGACAGCCAGGAGCUGACAGCCUCACUUCUCUCAGCCGGGUCCCAGAAGUUGGUGAAAAUUGAAGAUGUGGCUGAUGUGGCUGUAUCCUUCAUCCUGGAGGAAUGGGAACAGUUGGACCAGCCCCAGAAGUCCCUCUAUAGGGAUGACAGAAAGGAGAAUUAUGGGAGUAUUACCUCCAUGGAUUAUGAGCCCAGGGAUGACAAUAUGGACCUCAUAGUAAAGCAGAUUUCCGAUGAAGCCGAACCCCACUGGAUGACAUCAGGAAGUGCUGAAAGAAAUGUUCCCCAGAGUCAAGAGUUUGGAGAAGGUGGUGACCUCCACAGCAUGGCAGAAAGGUGGCAGGUAAACCCCACUGUGGGGAAGUCAAGGCAGAGCCCUGCCCUGAAAAGAGACCCAGGUGCCAUCAGAGAUGUGAAUCGGAAGCAGAACACAAAUGGCGAGAGAGGUCACAAAUGUAAUGAUUGUGGUAAAAUUUUCCUUCAAGCCUCAAACUUCAUUCAGCACCGACGAAUCCACACUGGAGAAAAACCAUUUAAGUGUGGCGAGUGUGGGAAAAGCUAUAACCAGCGCGUGCACCUAACUCAGCACCAGCGAGUGCACACCGGCGAGAAGCCCUAUAAGUGUCAGGUGUGUGGGAAGGCCUUCCGUGUGAGCUCCCACCUGGUCCAGCACCACAGCGUGCACAGCGGGGAGAGGCCCUACGGGUGUACCGAGUGUGGGAAGAGCUUUGGGCGGCACUCCCAUCUGAUCGAGCACCUGAAGCGCCACUUCCGAGAGAAAUCCCAAAGAUGCAGUGACAAAAGAAGUAAGAAUACAAAAUUGAAUGUUAAGAAGAAAAUUCCAGAGUUUUCAGAAGCAGACAUGCAACUAUCAGGAAGAAUCCAAAGAAAUGUUUCUCAAGUUCAGGAUAUUGGAGAAGGCCCUCAACACCAAGGCAUGUUGGACAGGAAGCAGGGAGUUCCCAUGAAAGAGAUACUCGGACAACCCUCUUCCAAGAGGAUCAGUUUUAACGAAGUCACCUGUGUCCACAAAAAAUCCUCCACAGGAGAGAGACCACAUAAAUGUAAUGAGUGUGGGAAAAGCUUUAUUCAGAGUGCACAUCUCAUUCAACAUCAGCGAAUACACACUGGGGAGAAGCCGUUUAGGUGUGAGGAAUGUGGGAAAAGCUACAAUCAACGUGUUCACUUAACUCAGCAUCAGCGAGUCCACACUGGCGAGAAACCCUAUACCUGUCAUUUAUGUGGGAAAGCGUUUAGAGUGAGGUCCCAUCUGGUUCAGCAUCAGAGUGUGCACAGUGGAGAAAGGCCCUUCAAGUGUAAUGAGUGUGGGAAAGGCUUUGGGAGGCGGUCACACCUUGCUGGGCAUCUGAGACUCCACUCUAGAGAGAAAUCACAUCAGUGCCAUGAGUGUGGAGAAAUCUUUUUUCAGUAUGUCAGCCUCAUUGAGCACCAGGUGCUCCACGUGGGUCAGAAAAAUGACAAAAAUGGAAUUUGUGAGGAAGCAUAUAGUUGGAACUUAACAGUGAUUGAAGAUAAGAAGAUUGAGCUACAAGAGCAGCCUUAUAAGUGUGAUAUAUGUGGCAAAGCCUUUAGUUUCAGUUCUGACCUUACUCAGCAUUACAGAACUCAUACAGCAGAGAAGACUCAUAAGUGUGAUACCUGUAGAGGAAAUGUUGGCCAGUGUUCCCACAUUAAACAGCAUCAGAAAGCCUAUUCCAACGUGAAGUCCCAUCAGUGUAAUGAAUGUGGCAGAGGCUUCACUCUGAAGUCACAUCUUAGUCAACAUCAGAGAAUCCACACUGGUGAGAGACCCUAUCAGUGUAAAGAAUGUGGCAUGAGUUUCACUUGGAGUUGUAGCCUCUUUAAACAUUUGAGGAGUCAUGAGAGGACAGAUCCCAUAAACACCUUGAGUGUAUAGAUGUUUCCAUUGAGUAACAGCUCCUACUCAAUUUUAGAGAAGCCUCCCUGGAGAGAAACCCUACUCCUACAAUGAAUAUGAUAACAAUGGUAAGCAUUUUCUCCAACUUAACCAUCAACCUUACAGAUGCACUGAACUCUUGUCAGUUAGAACUUAGGAGCACUGGAGAAUCCACAAUAAAUACUCAUUUGCUUUUUCCCACUGAUAAGUGCUUUUGUUGGCAUCUUCACACUUGGGAAGCCAGACGAGAGUGAACCUAGGAUAUGGGGAUGAAGGAAAAGUCUUCAGGUGGUACUCUUCAUUUGAAUCUCAACAUUGAUGCUGGGAAAGCCUCGUGAAUACAGUAGAAAUAAACUUUAUUUGUAGUUUCUGUCUCAUUUGACAGCUUAUCUAUUCAGGGAAGAGCACAGUGAAAGAAAAAACUUCAGCAUGAUACCUGUUUUGGUACCUCAGCAAUGAACCUUUUCUAGAAAUGAUUAUCCCAGCCACUAGAAUGCUCCAGUCAUUGUACUAUCUUGAGUAUUAAACACUUUGAAAAUAAA